AUGAGCAACAACUUGAAGGUGAAAGUGGACGAGCGAUUGGAUAUCGCUCGCUUCGUCGAACAACACAAGGCCGUACUUUUCAAUUCCGAACUCUCAGAGGAGCAAAAAACCGAAACCUGGUCCCGAAUAUUGGCGGAAUGCGCCGCACGUGGACACCAUUGGGUAAAAGGCAAGGAUGUGACGUAUCUGAAAAAGUCGAAAUGGCCGGGAAUAAAACGGGAUGCCAUUGAACACUAUCAAGCUGACAUGAAAAGCGAUGUGUCACACAGAAAGAAGCUCACUGAAGCAGAUGCUAUAGUUUUGAAAGCGAUCAGUUUUGACACUGAGAAUCUAGGAUCAUUAGCGGAUAAGGAUACACCCGGAGCUGUAUGUGCUGCACGACGUGAAUGUGACGUUACGCAACCGGUUACGGUAGAGGUAAAAGCCGGCGAGCCGCUAGAUCUACUGGCCUGCGGUAUGCACAUUAGUGAAGGAACGGAGAAGUUUAACAACGGUUUAUUGGUCGACCUUUUCCCGAAAAAACAUACUGGAGCACGAAAAAUAUCAAUUCCACCAGUUGAACAGGAGCACCGCUACUCAAAGCGCCAGCGUGUGGAUGAUGACGGCCCGAUAGACCAUGACCUUAUGGCUGCAUUAGGAUUUGGAAAGAAUCGACAGAAAAAUAUUACGGACUCAUCUGAACAUGAAACCCGGAGAUCAGUUGAUGCCGAUGUCACCCGCGUUGAGCAAGUGACGACCAUCGGUGAUUAUCUUCGUUCUGUGAAUACACUUCCACCGCCUGCGACGAAGGAAGAAGAUAUUGUUCCGCAUAAUUUGUGGAAUACUGUAGAACGAAAACCUCUGACGGAUCCACCUAAAUGUCUAGUACCGCUACACAGAGCAGUUGUGAGUAGUGGUACGGUGUCAGCUGCUGUUUCCCCUAAAGAUAAUUGUCGUGACGUGAAGAUUCUUCAGAAAAGAGCUUAUGAGGCACAAAUAGCUCGAGAGGAGGCCAUGACCAAAUACUAUCAGUUGAAAAUGAAGAAGCUCGAGCUGGAGAUUGAGCAACUACAACGAAAUAAUUGUUAA